GAAAGGGAGGAACGAGGUGGUCUGAUUACGGGAGAUCGACUUUGUUCUUUGUCCAAGAGCCCGCUACACAAAGACAUACAUGUUCAUGGAACUUUGUAGGUGCAUUACGACACGAGCCUGGCUGUCUAAUAAGUAUUGUUAUAUACAUCUUCAUGAUGUGCCCGACCUUGCCAAAUCUCGAAAUAAUACGCAACUUGCAAGCAACCUGGGCAUAAACCACUCCGAGCCUUUGUCUUUGAUUCUCCUAAUCCUCAGCACCAUUUUUCAAACGCGCACCUUAAUCGGAGGGCAUCGCAAGAAUAGACAUUGUCAUCUUGGAAUACCAGCAACGGUCCAUGUCAGGACAGUCUACUGCAGCCGACCCGCAGCAGGAGAAGCAAGUUAGUGCGAGUAAGCUAUUCGAUAAAGAACACCAAGCGCAAUUCAAGAAGAUGCCCAGCAUCAUAGAGCACUAUGCUGCGCAUCGUGGGACGCCAUCUAAUGCAGAAUCUGCGCUUGUCUCGGGCAAGCGAAAGAGUACAACUGGGCCUGUCCAAAUCACUAGGAAGACACGCAAGUCGAGCACUGUGGUGAAGAAGGAUCGCGUUCCUUCCACUUCAUUGAGAUUACGCCCAGUUUUGAAGAAAGUCGUAUCAAGAAGAUUUGGUGACGAUGAUGACGGCGAAGAGGAGGACCGAGAUGUGCAGAAAUCUAAAUGUGUUCGCAUCAAUGCUGUUGAGGAAGCAAAGAGGAAAGGGGAGGAAGCGAAGAAGCUUAAAGACCGUGAAGCCAUUCGCCAUAGGAGCAACUCCGCUUUGUCGCUCGGCGUUGCUUCGCGAAGAAAUAGCGUAGGAAGUGUAUCUUCCAAGGGCACGAAGACUUCUCUCGUUGGCAAAUUAAGAGGUACAACCACUGGCACGACUCGAGCACAUGACUCUACCCUCAUGGCGCCAACUGUAUCAUCACUCGCCAAGACCAGCAGGCUGCUUGUGCCAUCGAAUUUCCCCGUCCAGGUGAAAGACAAGGGCAAGGAGAAGGGAAAAGAACAGAAGGAAACAGAUGCAGUUGAACAGAUAGUGAGUUCUCAGACAGUCCCCCGAAGUCAGGGCAAAAUCUUCAGCCAACCCUUGUUGAAGCCUUCGGAGCCACGUAUGUCCCUGGCAGCAGCAGCUGUCAUGUUCGAUACGGCGAAGCCUCCAAUCCUGCCGAGGCCGAAGGUGAUGCUCGGACAGUGGCCGCACAUAUCAAAGGGAGCGAUAAUGAAGCUGGCUGCGCAACAUGAGGUCCAGGAUGCUGAUACGAGCGAUAUCCCACAGCCACAAACGUCUGGAGAGGACGGCAGCCGCAUGGUAAUGUGAAAGUGGGUGGGGACGUGCCAGGUCAUGGGCAUUUCAUGAAGGCCGCGAUAUUGGAUAGCCAAUUGAAGACGCUGAAAAGCCCUGAAAAUGAGGAGGGGGUGGUAAGAGUGGCCGACUGAGGACCACGUGCGAGCCUGGGGGGGGUUUUUUUCUUGGUUAUCACGAACACCUUUAUAUAUGCAACUUUGCAAGUGUCCCUACCAUAUAUCUAAU